GACAUUGAAUUCUAUAACUACUAGAAAAAUUUCAACGACACAGCAAUUAUUAUUUGCUUACAAAAAUUCCUCAGCUCAAAUCCCAUUUUUCUUCAAUUUUUCCGGCAUCAAAUGGUGGUCUCUUGUUUCAGCGUCAUCUCCCUCGUCGGCGGCUUCCUCCGCCGCUCCAUCACGGCGGCGGGCCUUUCCUCUCAGACGGCCGACAUCGACGGCGACACCGCCAUCCACUACUGGGGCCCGCCCGCCCCCACCGCCAAGCCGAAGCUCGUCCUGGUCCACGGCUUCGGCCCGGCUAGCAUCUGGCAGUGGCGGCACCAGGCCGGCUUCUUCGCCAAAGAAUACGACGUCUACAUCCCCGACCUCGUAUUCUUUGGCGAAUCCUACACGCGGUCUCCCGCCCGCUCCGAGGUUUUCCAGGCCACCUGUCUUGCCAGACUGAUGGAAAACCUCGGAAUCACCAGGUACUCGGUUGUGGGGACCAGCUACGGCGGGUUCGUGGCGUACCGGAUGGCCGAGAUGUGGCCGGAGAGGGUGGAGAAGGUCGUGAUCGCGAGCUCCGCUGUGAACAUGAGGCGGAGCGACAAUGUGCGGCUGUUGAAGCAAGCCGGCGUGGACAAAAUCGAGGAUUUGUUGCUUCCGGUCACAGCCGGUCAGCUGCGGUCGUCGAUCCGAUUCGUCGUCUCCCGGGCCCCGCCCUACAUGCCCGACUUCGUCCUCAAUGAUUAUAUUGAUAAAUUGUAUUCUGAAAACAGAAGAGAGAAGCUGGAGCUUUUGAAAGAGUUGAAUAUUGGUAAAAAUGAGACUGUAACCUUAUCUCCCCUGUCACAGGAAGUAUUGAUUGUGUGGGGAGAAAAUGACCAGAUAUUUCAGCUGGAGAGAGGAGAGGAACUCAAGAAGUUGCUAGGAGAGAAGGCCAGAUUACAAGUCAUAAAAAAGGGAUCACACAUUCCUCAACUGGAACACCCAACCCAAUUCAACAAUAUUCUCAAGAAUUUCUUACAUGGGUUGUCAUAGAUCUCCCUAAAGUUAUAGUAAUUGUGUUAUUAGUUUGAGAAUGAACUAAAUAUAAAAGAUUAUUGUGGUUUUCCAUAUUGGAUGAGAUUGAGCCUUAUAAAGGUUGUUUAUUUGAAUAAAUAAAGUUAUCAGUUCAAUCAUA